AUGGAUCUCGGAAUCCUCAGGGACACCAAACUCGAGCAUGUUCCAGGCACCGCUCCCCUGAGUGAACUUGGUCGUGAAGUCUACAAUACCAGUGGAGUGGACUCGAGCAUCCUCAAACAUGAUCCAACCGGCACUGUUAUCUUAGUUCCUCAACCUUCGGACUCCCCCAACGAUCCUUAUAACUGGUCGCGAGCCAAGAAGGAGCGAUUCACAGUUGCUUUUGCGUUUGGUUGUGGUGCUGUUGGUGCUGUUGGCCCUCUUUUAGGAGCUGCGUUUGUUGGACUUGCAACAGAGUUCGACGUCCCUCUGUCCACCUUCAUCAGUGGAGUUCAGGGGGGUCUCCUCGUUGCUAUUGCUUUUGGUAGUUUAAUCUGCAAUACUUUAGCUGUCAAAUAUGGAAAGCGACCAAUUUACCUUAUUACCACUAUUGGUUUGGUGGUCACCUGCUUUUGGGCAGCGGUUGCCAAAAGUUUCAUUUCACUGGUUGCUGCACGAAUUAUUCAGGGAUUUUGUAUGGGACCCCUCGAAGCUCUCGUGCCGGCUUCGAUCGCUGAUGUUUGGUUUGUACAUGAGCGUGGGUUUAGAACUUCAAUCUUUAAUCUUGGUGUUCUUGGGGGAAUCAAUCUUGCACAACCAAUUGCGGGUGCUAUCAUUCAAUACGGCAGCUAUAAGAUUGCUUUCUAUGCGAUGGGAGGCGCUUUUGGACUUACCUUCCUCCUCAUCUUACUGUGGAUGCCAGAGACUGCUUUCGACCGUGCGAAUGCGCGUUCGGUAAAUUUGGAUAUCGGUAGCAAUAAUAUUCUGACAGAGCUCGAGAUUGUCCAUAAGAUGGAUACUAAACACAUCGAGAGAGAAGACAAUUCAUUGCCUGCAACAGACACUGUGUCCCCCCAGGCUUCUGAGGAGAUGCCUUAUACGUGGAUGAGAGAGAUGCUUCCAUAUGGAGGUUACGUCAAUCAUGUCUCCUUCUGGAACACUCUUCUCCGGCCUUUUGCUAUGCUUGGUUCACCACCAGUAAUGUGGGCAACCCUUCUCUUUACCACUUGUAUUUCAUGGCUCGUGGGAAUCUCCAUCACGCUCUCACAGAUAUUUUCCGCACCUCCAUACAGCUUCUCGGUCAUUGGAGUCGGCUGUACUAAUCUUUCCUCCUUUAUUGCCUCGCUUCUCGGCACAUUCACAGCCGGCCCACUGAUUGACGGUAUCGUUCGGAAAAUGUCCCUAAGAAAUGGUGGAACUUUCGGAGAGAGUGCCAAGUCAUAUAUUCCGGUCGAUCUGAAUGGCCAAGUUGAAAUCAGCGAUGAGGACUUAGAAGAAGUCCUUUUCAAAGUCUUGAUUGACAUUGGUCAAACCAAGCCAGUCUUUUUACUCCUUGAUGAUAUCAUCAACCUCAAUAGCGAAGCGAAUGGUCCUCUAGUACCAUUUCUCGGACGACUCUUCGACAACGCAUCUGCUGCCGAUAUACCAUUACGUCUUUGCUACUCCAAACGUGACUAUCCACCAUUGGAAUUGCCUCGCUCCCUCGUUGCCAUUCAUCAUCAAGUUCGGGUCGACGCCUAUAAUCAGCCAGACGUUCGCUUGCAUGUUGAGAAAAGGAUGAGGAGAAUAUUUUCAGGUUGGGGAAGGCGUCCCGAGUUAUCCCUAGUCGACCAAAUAGUUGAAAUGGUCGGCACAGGAUUUGCUGUUGCGAACUCAUACCUGAACGAUUUAAAGGAAGUUCAUCCAACGGCGAUGGAAGAUAAGUUGAUGUCUGGGCGCAUAUCUCCGACACAAGUACAUUCAAUGUGGGAGCAUAUUUUGCAGGAUGCACUGUCGCUGAAUGGAUCGCGCGAGACAAAGGCAGUAGCUAUGAUACGGUGUGCACUUGCGGCCCAAAGGCCACUGAGUAUUGAGGAGUUCUUCAACAUCUUCAAUAUCUCGAGUGGCACUGAGGUUCAGGAGAUGGAAUCUUCAUUAACAGCAGAAUCGCUAGGUUUACUGCACACCUCAGUCAAUGAGUCUAGUUACGACAAGCUAGGAAGGCAACGAAAAUUUGUUUCCUUCGUCCAGCCUACAUUAAGAAAACACUUGGAAAAUCCUAAAUCCGGUGAUUUUCUGAUCACCAGACUGAAUCAAACCCAGACUGAAUUCAUUGCGGAAGGCCAUGGUUUUUUUCUGAGGAAAGGUAUCGAAAGUUUGAAGGCAUAUCUUCCUGACUAUCGGAAUAAAUGGAAGAAAGUCCUUCCAGAAUUUGUGGAAGCAAAAUUAUCCUUGGACCCCGAACGCAAUCCUCUCUUUGAUUUCAGCCCUAUAUUCAAAUCUUAUCCAUUCCUCAAAUACACGCUAUAUAAUUUGUUCAUUCAUGCUGCGCGGAUGAGAGGCACGGACGAAGAACGAGGCCUGCUUGCAGAGUUUCACGAACAGGGACAUGGUGUUAUUAAAGCCAGCAAAUAUCCUUGGGAAGAUCAUGAACAAUACACUAUUUUCGGAGUUUGGUGUCAUCUGAAUAAUUGUUUACUAGGGCUCAGAAUAUAUGGACCAUCGGUAACUUUGAUGCAUGUACUCGCUCAAUUCAACAUGUCGGAAUACUUAUCCUGGGGGCUUAAACGGGGCUGGAAUUACAAGGUGAAGACCGAGAGCGACCAGACAACUCUGCAUUGGGCAGCAUACUACGGAAGUGAGCAAGUUGCGAAAGUUCUUCUGGAACAGACCUUUGACGACGAAAUUGAUGUUUUUUGGAAACCAACACAGAACAAGGACCCAUUUUAUGUUUGGUCAACUUAUAUAGGCUACCGCGAAUGUGACUACAUGAGAAGCGCACUCCAUCUUGCUGCUGCCAAGGGAAACGUAAAUAUCGUUACUCUGCUGCUGUCUUUCAAGGAGGAGCUAAAGGAGGAGCUUCGAAAGAUCUUGCAUGGCAUGCUUCCAAUAGCGAAAAUCAAUGAGGAUACCUUAACAAUCGAUUCCGCUUGGGAUCAAUAUCUCAAUUCCAUUGAGUGGAAGGUUCCCACUGUCCUUGAGCACGCAGUUGAAGGACAUCAUGCAACUGUCGUCGAGAAGCUUCUAGAGCAUGGGGCGGAUUGGAGGUUGCACUCUGGCCCACAAUCCCCCUUACAGUUGGCGAUGAGAUUGGCACAGGAUGAAGCCACUCUACGACCCGCUACCAAAACAAUCGUGCGGAUGCUGAAAGCUGCAGCUUUUGCAGUUUUAGAUAAUGCGAGUAGUCUCGAGUACGAGGCCAUCUCAUACGACAAGCUAUUUGAAGCUACUCGGAUCGAUAUCAAUCGUUCCGGUGUAACAAGAACUCAGAUUGCAAUUCCUGAGUUGCUAAGUAGCCACGAGCUUUGCAAGGGCAAUUCACAACAACUCACUUGGUAUCAUCUUCCCGCAAAUAAUAUGAGAUGGGCAGAGAUUCUGAUUUUUCGUUUGUUUGGAAAAGACAAACGGGACGAAGUACUACGCCAUGAGAUGUGGACUGAACGUCAGAUUCACGGCUCUGAAAGGUCCUAUAUAUCAUUUAUGAGACCUGGAUGUGACAAAGUCGCUGCGGAGGACUUUAUUCUAUUUAUGCCCUAUAUUCAUUGGGAGACACAGAAAAAGCAGAGGGGAUUAGAGACUCUUCUACUCUGCAAGUUUCUUUUGGGGGUGGACCCUGAUAGGCUUCCCUCCCUUGUCCGUCAACUAUCGGCGGAAAAUAAUGAUCUUCUAAACGCUUAUGCUGACAACAAUUCCGGUAUUCCUGGAAUCGCCACUCUUAGUCAGGAGUUCCAACUAUUUUUAAAGGUAGUAGACAAUUCAGAGAAAAAUAUACAGUCUGCGAAGCAUCGUCUUCGACGGGCCAUGAAUGACUACAAAUCUGGAGCCUGCGUGUCUGAUCGAGAUAUGCGUUUAAUUGAUCUCUACACGAUGAAGCCAGGCAAUAAGCAUUCUCUGCACAUCCGUAGGACGCUUGAUCAAUCGUUUUAUCAUACUUUAGACAGCACAUCCACCCGGAACAAAGAUCAGGUGGUCACACGGUACGGCCGAAGAGAAAAGCGAAAACAACCUGUGGUCAUGAUGGUAGACCAACUGUGGCUCUGGUGCAUUGACGGUACUGUGAUUACCUGCUUCCCACAAAGACGCGAAUGUGGCCUUGAUGAUCCGGACAGGUACGACAUGACAGAUGUGCUUGAAAAUAUCUUUCAAAAUAUCAGUUCCGGCAUCUUGAAAGAACAGACAAAGAAAAUAAGGGCUCUUUUACCCCAGCUAAUUAUCAAUGAGUGCAUUCAAGCAUGUUUCGAUCCGAUGAAAAAUCUUGAGGAUGAUUUCAAGUUUCUAGACAUGUUCAGCAACUCUAUCAGUAGAAUCGCUGAUGGAGAAGUUACUAGCUACGAGCGCUUCGUAAAAAUGCUAAAGAUAUCUGGCCAACAGGAUCUGAUGGACAUAGACACUGAAUCUUCUCUCCUUCGAGAAAUGAAGGACAUACUCGAUGAGCUGCGCAUGAUAAAAUUGGUCUUCAUUGAUCAAAAAAGGGUAAUCGAGACCUUUCCUGUUCAAGAGAGUGCGGUUGCAGACUGGACGGUUGCCCGCAAAUCUGUAGAAAUUUAUUUAUACAAAGUCAGAUCGAUGCAGGACGAGGGGGAAAGGACAGUAACCUCGCUUAAUGCUCUGAUGGAUCUUCGCCAGCGACAUGCCACACUCUGGGAAGCUAAAUCAACAGGGAGACAAGGAAACACCAUCAUGGUCUUUACAGUUGUUACGAUCCUUUUUUUGCCCGCAUCAUUCAUGGCCUCCUUUUUCGCAUUGCCUGUGCUGCAAUUUUCUAGGACAGACUCAGAUAACAUGAACCUGACUUAUGUCGUGAAAUGGAUAAUGAUAUUUACCAUUCCCGUCGCUGUCUUCUUUGUUUCGCUUGCUUUUUACAUCAAUGAUCUUCUCAACGCUCUUUCGCGCAUUACCGGGCACGAGCAGAGAGUCGCCAAGAGAUUAGCUGAGGCUGAGAGAAAACAAAUGAGGCAUGGGUUCAUCACCGGCCUGGACGAUUGGAAAAAUCAGGACGAAAUGGAAGGGAAGUAUGGAGAAACCGCGAAGCAAGACUUUCAGGGCAGUGGAGGACAACGAAUAUUUCAACCAGUGGCUCAAGUGGAAAGUUGGCUCAGAAAACGAAAGAGGAGAACAGAUAGUCUACCUAGGUAG